GGAAUCCAUGGAGCUGAUCGAGGAUGCGAUAAAUACAUUAAUGAUUACAUAAUGUUCCAAAUGUUGGAGAUUUUGAAAACUGAUUGGGAAGACCGUCCAAGUUCUGAAAAGAUUAUGGAUCACAUCUAUUACGCAAUUUUUAAGCUGUUUCCUAACAAGCUCUCUCAUCGCCAACUGGUCACAGCGCGCGGAGACCUCGAAGAGAGGUUUGCACCUGGAAGAACUCCUUCAAAAAGCACACAAGAAUUAAAAUCCCGUAGUGAUCAGAACUUCCACUCUGUGAAUGUGUUGUGUUGCGAAAGAUGUUAUCAGUACGAUUGUGUGCUGCAUGCAGGUCCCUACGAUGAGGAAGUGAAACCCUUUAAACGUCGCCAAGGAGAAAGAACUCUCAGACCCACGCCUUGUGGACCCAACUGCCACCUGUUGGAGACCACUGCAGAGCAAUGGGCGACAACAACAAAUUGUAAAGGAACUACGGCUACGGCCAAAACUCCAACAUCGCCGAGAAGUCGAAAAAUCCAAACAAAUGGAACUCCCCAAACACCACCGAGCGCACGAAAUGGAAAAGUUGCAUCGUAUUCAAAUCCAACCUUGAUGAAUAUCCUGGUAUCAUUAUUAGCUGGAGAAAAGACAUCAAUUUGUAUAAUAGCAGCAGAAAUGAAAAUGAUUUGUGAAGACAUCGGAGCAGAGCCGAAAACAUGCAGAGAGAUCUACCAACUUGCAUCCCAAUUAGCCCAAGCAAAUCCUAGUCUUACUCCAGAGCAGAAGAAAGUGUUAGUGGCACGAUCCAUUAAAGACAAGCACAGAUCCUUCCGCUCCUUCACUUGGGCAGAUGGAAAGGGACAGGUAAGAGUAGAUAGUUUGCUCUCAUUUAUUGUGUAG